AUGUUGCAGCGGAACGCGCUCCGGCGGCUCCGCACCAUCGCUAGCAGGCCCAGGCUCCCGAAGCCCCCCGCAUCCCUUUUCCUCGCCCGCGACCUCGCCACCCCCGCCGCCGCGCCCUCCCCCAACGACAUCUUCGCAAACGGCACGAAUGCGUACUACGCGGAUGAGAUGUACCGCCACUGGAGGCAGGAUCCCUCCUCGGUGCACGCGUCCUGGGACGCUUAUUUCAAGGGCCUCGACAAGGGUUUGGGCCCGAACGCUUUCCAGCCCCCUCCCAGGUUCUUGCCUGCCCCUUCAGAUGGUGCGCCUUCCCUGCACGCCUCUGGCGGCGCACAGCUAGACGACCAUCUCAAGGUUCAACUGCUCGUCCGCGCAUAUCAAGUGCGCGGCCAUCAUGUUGCCGAGCUUGAUCCCCUCGGCAUCCUCGAUGCCGAUCUCGCCGACGUCCACCCGCCAGAGCUCGAGCUCAGCCAUUACAGCUUCAGCGAGCGCGACCUCGAUAAGCAGAUCACCCUCGGCCCCGGCAUCCUCCCCCACUUCGCUACCGAGGACCGAAAAACGAUGUCUUUGGGUGACAUCAUCAAGACCCUCAAGCGGAUGUACUGCGGUGCGGUCGGUAUCCAGUACGUCCACAUCCCGGACAAAGAUCAGUGCGACUGGAUCCGCGAGCGCGUGGAAAUACCCAAGCCAUGGAACUAUACCGUAGAGGAGAAGCGCAUGAUCCUCGACCGCCUCAUCUGGUCCGAGUCCUUCGAGAAGUUCAUCGCGAGCAAGUACCCCAACGAAAAGCGCUUCGGGCUCGAGGGCUGCGAGGCCCUCAUCCCUGGUAUGAAGGCCCUCAUCGAUCGCUCUGUCGACCACGGUGUAAAGCACGUCACCAUGGGCAUGCCCCACCGUGGUCGCCUCAACGUCCUGGCCAACGUCAUUCGCAAACCCGUCGAGGCUAUCCUGAAUGAGUUUUCAGGAACCACGGACACGGACCCGGCUGGUGACGUCAAGUACCACCUCGGCGCCAACUACGUCCGCCCGACCCCGUCCGGAAAGAAGGUCUCGCUCUCUCUCGUCGCCAACCCGUCCCAUCUCGAGGCGGAGGACCCCGUCGUGCUCGGCAAGACACGCGCAAUCCAGCACUUUGAGAACGAUGAGCUGACGCACACCACGGCCAUGGGCGUUCUCCUGCACGGUGAUGCUGCGUUCGCGGGACAGGGCAUCGUCUACGAGACCAUGGGCUUCCACAACCUUCCUUCGUACGGCACCGGCGGGACCAUCCACAUGAUCGUCAACAACCAGAUCGGCUUCACCACGGACCCCCGCUUCGCCCGCUCCACGCCUUACCCGUCCGACAUCGCCAAGUCCAUCGACGCGCCCAUCUUCCACGUCAACGGCGACAAUGUCGAGGCCGUCACCUUCGUCUGCCAGCUCGCCGCCGACUACCGCGCCAAGUUCAAGAAGGACGUCGUGAUCGACAUCGUGUGCUACCGCCGCUACGGACACAACGAGACGGACCAGCCGAGCUUCACCCAACCGCGCAUGUACAAGGCCAUCGAGAAGCAGCCGACGCCGCUGACGCAGUACACGAAGUUCCUCGUCGGCCGCGGCACGUUCACGGAGAAGGACAUCGAGGAGCACAAGAAGUGGGUCUGGGGCAUGCUCGAGACCGCGGCGAACGCCGCCAAAGACUACGUCCCCACGAGCAAGGAAUGGCUGUCCGCGUCCUGGCAGGGCUUCCCGUCCCCGAAGCAGCUCGCGGAAGAGACGCUCCCGACGCGCCCCACCGGCGUCGACGAGUCGACCCUGAAGUACAUCGGCAAGGCAGUCGCAUCGUACCCGUCCGGCUUCAGCGUUCACCGCAACCUCGCGCGCAUCCUCACCACCCGCGGCAAGACCGUUGAGGAGGGCGAGAACAUCGACUGGUCCACCGCCGAGGCACUCGCGUUUGGCUCGCUCGCGCUCGAGAAGACGCACGUGCGCGUGUCCGGGCAGGACGUCGAGCGCGGCACGUUCUCGCAGCGCCACGCGGUGCUACACGACCAGGCGAACGAGCAGCAGUACGUCCCGCUGAACAACCUCGGCUCGGACCAGGCGCGCUUCGUCGUCUGCAACUCGUCGCUGUCCGAGUUCGGCGCGCUCGGGUUCGAGCUCGGCUACUCGCUCGUCUCGCCCGACGCGCUCACGAUCUGGGAGGCGCAGUUUGGCGACUUUGCGAACAACGCGCAGUGCAUCAUCGAUCAGUUCAUCGCCUCCGGCGAGCGCAAGUGGCUCCAGCGCACCGGGCUCAUGAUGAGUCUCCCCCACGGCUACGACGGCCAGGGCCCGGAGCACUCGAGCGCGCGCAUCGAGCGCUUUUUGCAGCUCUGCGACGACCACCCGCACGUGUUCCCCAGCCCCGAGAAGAUCGAGCGCCAGCAUCAGGAUUGCAACAUGCAGAUCGUCUACGCCACCACGCCCGCCAACUACUUCCACGUCAUCCGCCGCCAGAUCCACCGUGGCUUCCGCAAGCCGCUUAUCAACUUCUUCUCGAAGAACCUCCUGCGCCACCCCAAGGCGCGCUCGACCUUGGCGGAGAUGACCGACGAGACGAUCUUCCAGCGGUACAUCCCCGAGGCUUCGGCAGACCUCGCUGCGCCCGAGGAGAUUCGGCGCCACAUCCUCUGCUCUGGCCAGGUGUACUACACCCUUCUGCAGGAGCGCGAGGACAGGGGUAUCAAGGACGUCGCGAUCAGCAGACUCGAGCAGAUCUCGCCCUUCCCAUACGACCUGAUCACGCCCCAUCUAGACGCCUACCCGAACGCCGACAUCCUCUGGUGCCAGGAGGAGCCGCUGAAUAACGGCGCGUGGACGUACGUCGGGCCGCGCAUCCUGACCGCCGCGAACGAGACGCAGUACCACAGGGGCAAGUACCCGCACUACGCCGGGCGCGAGCCCACCAGCUCCGUCGCCACCGGCAGCAAGUCCCAGCACAAGAAGGAGAUCGAGGCGUUCCUCGACGCCGCGUUCGCCUUGUGAGCGCGAACCACGUGUCGUCGGACGGUCUCUGUCUUGUUUUUUUUUUUUGGUUUCUCAGUCCAGAAAUGGCCAUCCAUCCGUUUCGUUAGAUACGUGUUCCUGAGUUGCCCGACAGACGUUCUCGCACUGUAUGCUGCUUUUUUCGUUCGAACAAUAUUAUAAUGAGGCUCCCGCUCUCCC